AUGAACCAGAUGAAUGUUGCUGGGAUGAAUCCCGGUGUCGGCGGUCCGGUUGGAGGCGUCCCCAUGGUCAAUAAUGGUUCGAUGUUACCCCGUAACGAUGGCAGUACACAUAAUUCUCCCGAAGUCAUGAUCAUCAAUCUCAAUACUUAUAUUUACGACUAUUUCUUGAAACGCGGUUAUCACGACUGUGCGCGAGCUCUUGUGAAAGACGAGUCUAUCAAGCUCAACACCGAGCCCCCUAUCAAGACGAGUCCUGGUCAGCGCCGGGAGGGGGACGUCAAUGGCGUUGAUGGAGACGGGAUGAUGACGGACGGCAAAGAUGGUGACAAGCUGAAGAUUCCCGAGGACCUGCCUCGCCCCAAUCUCAGUGGCGAAAGCCAGUCCUCCUCAUUCCUCUUGGAUUGGUUCAGUUUGUUCUGGGAAUUCUUUUGGUCCCAGCGAAAGAAGGGAAACAGCCCCGAUGUGAGGCAAUAUCUUCAACACAAUCAGAAUAUUAUGCGCCUUAGAGAGCAGCAACAGAACAACAUGUAUCGUAACCCACAACAAAUGAUGCCGGGUCAAAUGGGGCGGCUCAAUAAUAUGCGUGGCAAUGGGAUCGUUCCGAACAAUCUACAGAAAGCCGUUCUGCAGAACAAUACUGGUGGCUUCUCGCAGCAGCAAUUCGCUGCGCAAUUACAACAAAAGAACCAACAGGCCGCGAUGAUGCAAAUGCAACGGGAACAUUCUGAUAUCGAUAUGAAUGGCCACCGACCGCCGUCUCCAUCGUCCGCCGAGAAUGCGCCGUCUCCCUCGAAACGACCCCGCCUCGAAGGUAAUCCCAUCAAUGGGCAACAACUGGCGCCCAACGGACGCGGCCAGGGACAGGCGAUGCCCGGCCAACAGAACCCAAUGAUGAUGCAGAAUGGGCUCACACCACGUGUGAUGAAUCCGAAUCAGUUUGGUGCUUUUCAGCAAUCGGGUCCGGCUGCACAGCCAAAACCAAUCCAGGUAUAUGCUCAAAACUUGGCUCUACAUCACUCUCGCUCAGCAAUGAAUAAUCAGGGCGUGCCUAAUGGUUUAAUGAACACCGGCGUGAUGCCGAAUCAGGCUGAUCUGGUCCCCAUGCCAGAUGGCCCGGGUAUGUAUCAGAUGAAUGGCGGCGACUUCUAUGGCGCGAAUGGCCAAAUGGCGCAGGUUAGGCCUGGGGUCCAAACUCCUGGUGGUCAGCAUGGUAACCAUGCUCUCCAGGACUAUCAAAUGCAACUCAUGCUCCUCGAGCAGCAGAAUAAACGCCGACUCAUGAUGGCUCGUCAAGAGCAGGACAGCAUGUCUCGUGGCCCCGAUGGUCAGCCAUUGCCUGGGCAGCAGGGCCAACAGCAACCGGGCCAGAUGCCACCGGGCACUUCUCCCCAGGGCAGUAGGGCAGGAGCGUCACCGAUUCCCAACGAUCAAAUGAAGCGCAACACCCCCAAGAUCGCUCAGUCCGGUCUUCCCAAUUCACCGAACGCCCCGGAUGCGAUGAUGCAAGGCCGUGGAUCUCCGGCUUCGAUGAAUUUCACCGGCCAAUUACCUCCUGAAAUGGCAGGCCAGUUCUACAUAAAGAACAUGCAGGAUGGAAUCCAGGGCCCCAACGGCAUGCGGCCCCCCAGCUCCAACCCGACGUUCACUGGUCCUUCAAUGGGUCAACCAAUCCCGGCUGGCUCGGCGAACCGGAUGUCGAAUGGAGGCUGGCAACCUCAGCCAGGUGGUCAAGCCAUGGUGUCGCAACAGUCUCCUAUCAUUCAGCCCCCAACUACCGGAACGCCUCAGAGUGUGAAUUCGAUGCCGCCUCCCCAACCUCCUACUGCCAACGCUGGUCGCCAGCCUCCUCCAUCUCCCCAAGCUGGGAAUGCUGCUCCCCCGACUCCGCAACCCCCCACUAAGGCAGCGCCGAAGAAGAAAGAAACGAAAGACCGAGCCAAGCGACCAAACAAGAAGACCGCAGCAGCAGCCGCAGCAGCAGCAGCUAACAACACAACUGCUACUCCAUCCUCAGAGGCGGAGCAACCGCCGACUCCUACGCCAGCGACGCCGAUCACUCCCCAACACCAUCAAUCAUUCAAUAAGUCUGGUGCUAACGCCACUGCAACCGCUCCACCACAGCCGACAUCCGCACCCGCUCAGCAAACCCUUGUCCAGCCUCCACCUCCUGAUCAAACUCAGCAAUCGUUCAACGAUCUCGCCAUGCCGGAUGCCUCCGCUUUUAGUCUAGAUUUCAGCGCACUGGAGAACCCGGACAUUCUUGAGAAUUUCGAUUUCGAUACAUUCCUCAACACCGACACAGACACAGCAGGAUUCGGGUUCGACCCAAGCAUAACGUAUCCCGACGGUGUAGAGACUGGUACCGAAAAUGGUCUCUAA